CGAACCUCGUAGCCUCCCCGCCGAUUGGCUGACGCGCCGCGCGAGCAAUUCAAAGUGGUCGGCUCAAGCUCUUGGCGCGCUUCUCUCGCGAAGUUGGCCGAGGAGAGGAAAGAGCGGUUUCCGCUGAAGGCGGCUGCGCUCUUCUCUCGCUCUUUUUCUCUCUCUCUCUCGAAGGGAUUCCCUUCGGGAGUACGGAUGCUUCAGGCCUCCCCCGCGCGCUGUGGGUGAAGCGCCGGUUCCCUUCCUGGCUUGCUUCGGUCUUUGUCCCCGGCUCUCGCCUUCUGAACUCAUCCCGGGACGGACCGACGAUGAGUUCUUUCGUGGGCGGCAAGAAAGAGGACAAAGGCAAGAACAUCCAGGUGGUGGUGAGGUGCAGGCCCUUCAAUGUAUCUGAGCGCAAAGCUAAUUCCUACUCUGUAGUGGAGUGUGACCAUGGAAGGAAGGAAGUUAUUGUUCGUACUGGAGGAAUGGCUGAUAAAACAUCAAGGAAGACCUAUACCUUUGAUAUGGUUUUUGGAGCCCAGGCCAAACAAAUCGAUGUGUACCGGACUGUUGUCUGUCCAAUUUUGGAUGAAGUACUUAUGGGCUAUAACUGCACUGUAUUUGCUUAUGGUCAAACUGGUACAGGAAAGACCUUCACUAUGGAAGGGGAGCGAUCACCUAAUGAAGAGUAUACAUGGGAAGAGGAUCCACUUGCAGGUGUAAUUCCACGUACCUUGCAUCAAAUUUUUGAAAAACUUGCGGAGAACGGUACAGAAUUUUCAGUGAAAGUUUCUUUAUUGGAAAUCUACAAUGAGGAGCUGUUUGAUCUUUUGAGUCCCUCUCCAGAUGUUGGGGAAAGGUUGCAACUGUUUGAUGACCCACGUAACAAGAGAGGUGUAAUAAUCAAGGGCUUAGAAGAAAUUACUGUACAUAACAAGGAUGAAGUUUAUCAAAUCCUAGAAAGAGGAGCAGCAAAAAGAACCACAGCUGCUACCUACAUGAACCAAUAUUCCAGCCGAUCCCAUUCAGUGUUUUCCAUCACAUUGCACAUGAAAGAAACAACAGAUGGAGAAGAGCUUGUGAAAAUUGGAAAGCUAAACUUGGUUGAUCUGGCAGGGAGUGAGAACAUAGGUCGUUCUGGAGCAGUUGACAAAAGAGCUCGUGAAGCUGGAAAUAUCAAUCAGUCUCUGCUGACGCUGGGUAGAGUUAUUACUGCCCUUGUUGAAAGAACUCCACAUAUUCCAUACAGAGAAUCAAAACUGACCAGAAUCCUUCAGGACUCUCUUGGAGGACGCACAAAAACAUGUAUCAUUGCAACUGUUUCUCCUGCGUCAAUCAAUCUUGAGGAAACUCUGAGUACUCUAGAAUAUGCCCACAGGGCAAAGAAUAUCAUGAAUAAGCCUGAAGUGAAUCAGAAACUCACAAAGCGAGCCCUCAUUAAGGAAUAUACUGAAGAGAUUGAACGCUUAAAACGAGAUCUUACUGCAGCACGAGAGAAAAAUGGUGUCUAUAUUUCUCUGGAAAAUUAUGAUGCUCUUCAUGGGAAAAUGACAAUUCAGGAAGAGCAAAUUGCAGACUAUACUGAGAAAAUCACAGCCAUGGAGGAAGAAUUGAAAAAAAUUACUGAGUUAUUUACUGUUCAAAAAAAUAAAAUGGAAAAGUGCCAGGCUGACCUACAAGCCAGGGAAAUGGAGCUGGAAGUAACCCAGAAAGACUUGGAAAUCACCAAGGUUCUUCUUGCUGAAGAAGAAUAUGUGGCCUCCUCUUUAGAGAAUUCGGAAGAAAAACUUCACGGCACUGCUACCAAGCUGCUUACUACAGUUAAAGAAACUACUGGUGAUGUGUCCGGUUUGCAUGCAAAAUUAGAUCGGAAGAAAGCAGUUGAGCAGCAUAAUGUGGAAGCUCAAAAGACCUUUAUGGGUCACAUGAAUAUAUUCUUCGACAAAAUCCAGAACUCUGUGAGAAAGAACUAUCAGAAUCAGCAGGAGAUGCUAAACUCUUACUCCUCCUCAGUUAAUGAUCUUCUGUCCACCAGUUUUUCAGCAUUUGGAGUCACCACAGCAGCUAUAGAUGCAGCAUUCACUUCAGUAAAGGAAAUGGUUUCUACUGAAGUGUCCCUAGUUGCCGAAAAAAUGCUGAAUCAGGACACGCUGACCUCCAAAAAUAAAAAUGACCUGCAGAAAAUGAUUGAGGAACAUGCAUGUGGACUGGACAAGGCAUUAAGUAGUCUGACUCCUGUGGUACAACUUGUGCAGAGUAUAAACUCUCAGCUGCAGGAACACUUCAAGAAAAAUUCAUCCUUGGCGGAAAUGGUUACAGGCUACAAAGAAGAAAUGGCUACCUUCUUCCAUGAUCAUUCUCUUGCUUUGAGUGAGCUACACAAAGACAGUUCCCAAAUGUUUUCUCAACUUCAGAAUAGUUAUGAAAGCCUGCAAGAACAAGUGGAACUGACCAAGAUGGCACAGAAAAUGGGUACGGCCCAACUUAUUACUUUGCUGCAAAAUCAACUAAGCAUGCUCGAUCACCAAGCUGAGCAGAACUUCAGCCAAAUCCUAGAGAAAGGUGGAAACCUAAAGAAGAAUAUUAAUGAUGCACAAGAGAAUAUAAUUGUGCAGACUAUUGGCCUUGUCAACUCUACCACCUCCCAGCAGAACAAGAUGAUUCCAGCUCUGGAUGACCUUUCCCAAGAGAUCAGGCAAUCCAGCCAUGAUAAUGUUAAGAUACUUCUGGAAUCAGACAACCAUUGUAAAAAUCUGGCCAGUAGUUUGAGAAACACAUGCCAAGAAGCAACUAGCUGGGCUGAAACGGCAACUGCAGAGAUAGGCUGUGUAGUUGAUCAACAGAGAGCUUUUCUCAACAGCCAGAACAAACACCUACAAAACAUGCAUAAGGAUCUCCAUGACAAGUGUAACACAUCAGAAGCCAAAGUGACAGAGCACAUGAGGGGACAAAAAGAGGCUGAAGAUGUUGCCCUCGAGAGGUUUCUUGACCGCUUGCAGAAUGACCAAGAGGUGCUUGCCAAACAGAAAGACCUGCUCCUUAAAAAAGCAGAGGCUGGUUUAACUCAGAUUAACGGCUUCCUGACUGAAGAACUAAAAACAGAUCUCCCCACAGGAAAUACUCCACAGCGGAAGGACUAUUGUUACCCAGUAACGGUGGUGAAAACAGAACCACGCGAUCUGCUGCUUGAAAAAUUAAGGCAAAAGCAGACGGAGCUGACAGCUAAUCUAAAGACUACUGAAGUCUUGGAUGAGGAUUCUUUGGACGAAGAGAUAAGAGAAACUAAUGAGAGCCUUUGCAGUGAAAAAUCCUACUUGGAGACUAGCUUGUGUAUUCAGACUAAUGGUGUGCCCUUCUUCCAGCAUAAAAGAAGUAUCAAAAAGGAUAAAGAGAACAAAGCAGCAUUUUUCCUGGAAAAGGCCAAGGAAGAGGAUUCAAGAACUCCAUCUCUCCCAAAAUCAAAAUAUCCAUUAAGAGCCCUCAACUAAUAAUGUACAAUAUCUUGCUUUUAUUUCUUGAUUUUGAAAUGUAAUAAAGAAAAAGUAA